UAUCAGCCAACCACGUGCUGUCAUAUGCGCAAAGCCGAUUUGAUUUGGCAGUCCUUGAGUUUAUUUCCACCUUUUCGGUGCAGCUGCCAUAUUCUUUGGGAGCCGAAUUUAAAACACACAAGAUGUUCUCCUCAUUGAUAUCGAAAGCCAUGUGCACCCCAAAUGAGCUGUGCACGAAGAAUGAACAGCCGCAAGUCAAAUCAAUGGGGUUGGUGCAGUCGAUGACGGCUGGUAGAACUAUUGCAGCUGCUGCAGUGGCGGAAGGAGACUCCUGUGAGUUCGGCUCGGGCAAAUACUUUGCCCUGUGUGGUUUGGGUGGUAUCUUGUCUUGCGGUAUCACCCACACUGCCGUCGUGCCCUUGGAUUUGGUCAAGUGCCGGAUGCAGGUGGACUCCGUCAAAUACAAGGGGCUGUUCCAGGGAUUCGGGGUAACCUUGAAAGAGGAUGGAGUUAAGGGUUUGGCUAAGGGGUGGGCGCCAACUUUCUUUGGUUACUCCGCUCAAGGGCUGUGCAAGUUUGGUCUCUAUGAAGUAUUCAAGGUAUUCUACUCCGACGCGAUGGGCCCGGAAAACGCGUACCUCUACCGCACCUGGUUGUACCUCGGAGCUUCCGCAUCCGCGGAAUUCUUCGCCGACAUCGCCCUUUCCCCGAUGGAGUCGGCCAAGGUCAAGAUCCAAACCACCCCCGGAUUCGCCAACACCCUCAGGGAGGCGUGGCCAAGGAUCAUGCGCGAAGAAGGCAUGAACGGUUUCUACAAAUCCCUCGUCCCCUUGUGGAUGAGGCAGAUCCCUUACACGAUGAUGAAGUUCGCGUGCUUCGAAAAGACCGUGGAACUUCUCUACGCGCACGUCGUUCCUAAACCGCGCGCGGAAUGCAGCAAAGGCGAGCAGCUCGUUGUCACUUUCGCAGCUGGUUACAUCGCGGGAGUUUUCUGCGCCAUCGUCUCCCAUCCGGCCGACACCGUAGUCAGCAAGCUGAACCAAGAGAAGGGCGCCUCCGCCCUCGACGUGGCCAAAAAAUUGGGCAUGGCCGGCAUCUGGAAGGGUCUCUUCCCCAGGAUCGUCAUGAUCGGUACCCUCACCGCCCUGCAAUGGUUCAUCUACGACGCCUUCAAGGUGGCCAUGCGCAUGCCCCGCCCACCCCCACCAGAGAUGCCAGAAUCACUCAAGGCAAAACUUAAAGCCAGAGGAGAGUUGUAAAUUUAAUUUAUUCCAUUAUUUAAAGUCAAAUAAUUUCAAUUCGCAACAGUAUUUUCUUCCUGUUAAACAAAAAAACGGUCAUCUGUUUAAUGUAUUUUAUUAAUAUUUAAUUUUGUGUAUUUUAGAUUGUAUAUAGAACAAUAAAGAGACACUCUUGUGAUGUUAAGAUUUCGUCUUAUUUCACUAAUUUUUAUUUUAGCUACAUAUUGUUUAGUC